AUGUCUUUACGUACUAAUUAUGACAAUAGUCGUACGUCGUUUCCGAUGUAUUUUGGUCAGCGAACGAAAUUUGGUGAUGCUGCUUCGACACCAUUGAAAAUGAUUAAAUUACAAGUCGAACAACAAGUGAAUGCAAAAUUUCCACUCAUAUAUCAAGUAGCAACAACAAUGACAUUUAAAAAUGAACAUAAUCGAAUAUUAGAAGGAGCUUUAGAAUUUACUCUACCUGAAACAGCAACUAUAUGUGGAUUUGGUCUUGAUGUUGAUGGUAUUAUUGUCGAUGGUGUUGUUGUUGAAAAAGAAAAAGCUCGUGUUACAUUUGAAAAAGAAGUUCGAAAAGGUGUUGAUCCAGGUUUAGUUGAGAUGAUCAAAGGAAAUAUAUUUCGUACAAGAGUUUAUCCAAUGCCAGUUGGAGGCACACGAAUUGUUCGUAUCAUUUAUCAAGAUCAAGCACAAAUGGAAAAUGAUCAUUUUCUAUUUCAUAUUCCUAUAUAUUUUAAUACUACACUUGAAAAUUUGGAUAUUUCAUUGAUUUGUACACAUGCAUCAAAUGAUUGUCAACCAGAAUUUCUUUCCAAAGUAAAAUUUCAACAAAAUUUUGUGAAUUCAAAUGGAAGAUAUUGUUUUGAAUCUCACCAAGUCAAUGUCAAAUCAUCACAAGAUGAACAGUCUAUUACAUAUAUGCUAAAAAAUCUAACGCCAAAACAACCUAUUCAUAGUGUAGAAAUCGAUCCUGAUGAUCAUAGACAAGCUUAUUUUGCUUUAUGCUAUGUGCCACCAUUAUCGCAAACAAAUAAUAUUGUACCUAAUAGUCAAAAUUCAAUGUCGAUUUGUAUACUUUGGGAUGCAAGUUUAAGUCGAGCUAAUUUGGAAAAUCGUAAUCAUGAAAUUAAUAUGCUAAAGAUGAUAUUACAUACUUGGAAAUUGAAUGGUAAUAAUAUUAACUUAAUUAUUGUUGUUUUUCGAAAUGAAAUUGAAGAACCACGUUCAUUUAACUUACAAGAACAGGACUAUUGGUCUCAACUUGAUCAGUUUUUAACUAAUCUAUCAUAUGAUGGUGCAACAAAUCUAUUUCAACUAGCUACACUUUCAACUACCAUUCCAAAUACAACACAUUAUUUUUUAUUUAGUGAUUGUCUUUCGACUAUUGGUAAUGAUGAACCAACUCUAUUGAAUAAUUUGACAACAAAGCCAAUAUGGAUAUUUAAUUCUAAUUCUGUACAUGAACCAAGUAAUUUUCCAUUGAUUAAUUAUUUAACGAAUCUUAGUGGUGGCGGCAAUAUUUCACGUGAGAAAAUCAUGGCUCUAGAUAAUGUUAAUGAUAUUGUUCAAUGGAUUGAUAGACCACAAACAAGAUAUUUGA